AAUCAUUUCACCUGUAUCUAUGUUUUCUCCCUCUAUAAACGAAGAUAAUUUCUAGUCCCUUGGAUUUCCUGUGUUGCCUGUCUUUGGUUCUCCUGACAGUGAUUGACAGUGAUUAACUGUCGCAGUCACGUGCUCCAGUAAAGAUGAUACAGCUGCAAUGGAAUAACACAAGCUCCCCUCCAACCAACACAGAGAUCACGCGAACCAUUCAUUUCCUCAAAGAUGCACCGAGGAGAUACACCGGAUUGAGCCUUUCCGCGCUAUUUCACAUCUCACAAGAGUUGAUAUCACGUUGCUUUAUCUUAUCUUAUUCUUGACUCACCUUCACCCUCCUCAGCCUCACAACAUGCCUACGGUACCUACCCGAGGCGGUCCUUCGAGGGCGCAAGCUACGUACACGGGGGGAAAGGUCUUGCCUUAUCAAAAGAAAGGUCAGGCUGUUCGUGGCGCUUCUGGGAAGACGGUCCUUAGUGGUCGUCGCCAUCGCAAGAUCCUUCGAGACUCAAUUAAAGGAGUCACCAAGCCCGCUAUCCGCCGUCUAGCGCGCCGAGGAGGUGUGAAGCGUAUUUCCGCUGACAUCUAUGAUGAGGUCCGAGCUGCAGCCAAGUCACGGCUUGAACAGAUCCUCCAAAUGUGUGUUAUAUACGUUGAGUAUAGAAACGCCAAAACCGUGACCGUUCACGAUGUCAUUCACAGUCUCUCCAGGUUCGGCCGACCCAUUUAUGGGUUUGACCCAGACACAUACGAUGGCCAGAACAAACCCAAGGCCUAAACCAAAUCAUUCCUGCGAAUCAGAUUUUACGUGUCUUUCAUUUGACAUGAGCGGUGUUAGGCGUCAUUUCAGCGCAUUGUUUUGAGCAAAAGGCAUAUUCUGUUUGAAGAAUCGAAAGAUUGAUUGAUAUUGAUCAUGAGCUGUGUGUGCCAUAACCUAUAAAUUAUGAACUUCUGUAAACGAAAGGAAUAUGAUAUGAUCUGGGGUAUCUCAAGUGACUGUACGAGUAGUAGGUACGAUAUCAAAAAAAAAAAAAAAAGAAAGAAAAAAAGAAGAAAAAGA